AAUUAAAUGUUAUUAUCAACCAAACCCCCUUUUUAAAAUACCAUUAUUUAACACAGCCAUCUGUCUCUGUCUGGGUACCAUUGAUUAUUAUAUAUACAGCUUACCAUCCUCCCACAACCUCUCCUCCAUCUCUCUUUCCCCCUCUCUCCGUAAACAGUUCAGCAAAAGCGAAUUCUUAUUCAUCUUUUCUUCCAAACCAUCACACACAGAAAAAGGGGCUAAAUCCCCACCUCAGAUUACACCUGCAGCUAGCUGUAAAUUUCAAUUAUAUCUGAGAUAAAUCUGGCAAAAUUGAAGAAAUUAUGGAAAUCCCAGAGAUAAACAUGUUGUGCGAUUUCGAAGCAGGAAUCAAAUGCCUGCAAAAUCCGUCUGUCAACUCCCGUAUCUUUUCAUUUCCAACCUUCUGGAAAUGGGGCGCUUUGAUUUUUGCGAUUUUUGCUACUUUUAGUAGCAUAAUUAAAAGAAUUAAGCUUAUUUUCAUUCGUUUCCAUACUGUAAAACCUUGUUUCAAUCAAACCGAAGACGUCUUCGAGUUCAGCGACGACGACGACGUAUCGCUAGCGUCUUCGGAUGAUGAACAGGAAGGAGAAGAAGAUCACCCCACGGCGACGAAUCGAGGUCAACACCGCGUUGAUGAAGAUUUCUGCGUCCGGGGUUCAAUUCUCAGCUAUAAAAGCCAGUCGCAGAGCGGUCAAUUGAGGCAGCGCAGGCGUCGGAGCACCAGCGGCGGUGUUUGGUCGGAAUUCGCUUGUGGUAAAAAUGUUGUUAAGCUUUGGGAUAGCUUAGGAUUUAGUCUUGAUAUUGAUGAAGAUCUAUUCAAUUAUGAUACGAAUAGCGUAGUUUCUACGUGGGAUUGCCAUCAGGGAGAGAAAACUAGCGAGUUUUCCUGGGGCAUUCCGGUGGCGGCGCCGACGGUGUUGUUGACGGCGGAGAGCAAUGAGAAGGGAGACGGCGUGAUUUUAGGAGGUUACGAUACGAGGAUGAGAAGCAGCGUCCCGGCGUUGUUCGCUGAGUGGAAGUCGCCGGCGGAGAAUGUCGGCGGCGUUUCCACCGCCGGCGUCAGCAAGGUUUACGUCAGAGAUGACGUGAGCGGGGUGGUAACGGUUGGUGAUGUGAGGAAUGUUAGGAGGCCGUUAGAAUGUGUGAGAGAGUCUGACGGCGAUACGUGGUGGGACGCUGACGCCGUUAUUGUGGAGAAUGAGUUUGAGUCGUCCAAGUAAAACCGGCCACCAAGUUCGACCGAGUUUUCCUAAGGUGACGCGGCCGGGUUUGAAUGCAAGAGGGCAAAAUGAUGUCCAAGAUUUUAUUUUGCAACAAAUCUAGUGAUGGAAAUACUCUGGUCUCUGUAAAUCAUUAAUUCAAUAAAAUUUGCUCCAUUAUUUAUUACUCAAA